AUGACAACAAUUCAAUAUAGUACUGACGAAAAAGGGAUACGUAUUGAUCAUACCACAUUAACACCACGUUAUUCAGUCACGAACGAUGAAGGUCUCAAUGAGGGUAUUGCUUAUUUAAAUGAACAUGGCUAUACAGUUUUUAGCGAUAUUUUAUCUCAAGAAGAAAUUAAAACAAAUAAAGAUUUAUUAUGGAACUUUUUUGAAAAUAUUCCUGGAUGUCACAUUCGGCGAAAUGAUCCAGAGACAUGGUCUAGUUUUUGGCCCGGUUUUCCUACUUCUGGCGUUGUAAAUAACUGUGGUAUAGGUCAAUCUGAUUUCAUGUGGAAUAUUCGUUCAAAUAGAAAAGUCAAACGUGUUUUCACUCGAAUAUGGAAUACAAAUGAAUUAUUAGUUUCAUUUGAUGGUUGUGGUGUUUUUCGUAAUUGGCAUUACGAUCCUAAAUGGAAAACCAACGGUGGAUGGUAUCAUGUUGAUCAAAAUCCGAUUGAAAAACCUGACCGAUGCUGUGUACAAGGACUUGUUUCAUUAAUGAAUCAAAACGAAACAACCGGUGGUCUCAUUAUUAUUCCGAAUACUCAUUUACGUUUUGCAGAAUUAAAUGAUCUUCCCCGUGGAAGAAGCGAUUUUAUUAGGAUACCACGUAAUCAUCGAAUUUUAGAUGGUGAUCAAGCUAUUGCAAAACUUGUUCAAUGUCAAGCUGGUGAUCUUGUUCUAUGGGAUAGUCGUCUUGUACAUUGCAAUGCACCAGCCUUCGUCACUGAGCAACAAAACGAGAGUGAACCAGUCGACUUCUUACGUAUUGUUGCCUAUGUCAGUAUGAGUCCAACGACAUUCGUACAAAAAUAUACACUUGAUGAAUUUCGAAAACAACGUAAAUCAAUAGUAGAAAAUAAUAUUACAUUAACACAUUGGAGUACAGAGUUAGUUCAAACGCGUAAAUAA